GAAAUUUGAAUAAUAAAAUUUAAAUAAUUAUUUAUUUAUUCGUAUUCUAAAUUAUCAAAAAUUUUUAUUAUAAGCGGUCCUGUGUUAGGGUUACCGAUUGGAAUUGAUCUGUGGUGAACCCGUUCAAUAAAUUUUAAAUUGGGAAAAGAUCACCAUGUCAGCUCAUCGUUUCAGGUAUAAAAACAUUGGCUUAGAUGCCCAAGAAUUGAGAAGACGUAGGGAAGAAGAAGGUGUGCAAUUGCGGAAGCAGAAAAGAGAAAGUGAACUUUAUAAAAGACGAAAUCUGAGCAGCCCUAAUGAGAAUGGUCAGGAUGGAGAGGUUUCAAGUUCUAUGAUACAAGAUGACUGCCCUACAUCUACAACUCAGGUUGGCAUUACUCCUGAAAUUGUUGCAGCAUUAUAUACAGAUGAUGUCCAACAACAGCUUUAUGCUACACAAACAUUUAGAAGAUUACUUUCACAAGAGCCGAACCCUCCAAUUGAUGAUGUUAUACAGACUGGAAUUGUUCCCAAAUUUGUUGAAUUUUUACAGCGUGAUGACAAUUCAACACUUCAGUUUGAAGCAGCUUGGGCCUUAACUAAUAUUGCAUCUGGUACCUCGUUACAAACAAAAAUUGUCAUUGAAGCUGAUGCAGUGCCAAUUUUUAUUCGUUUACUUGAUUCUGAAUAUGAAGAUGUUCAGGAACAGGCUGUUUGGGCUUUGGGUAAUAUAGCUGGUGAUAGUCCAGAAUGUAGAGAUUAUGUUUUACAACAAGGCAUUUUACUACCUCUAUUACAAUUACUAAGCAAAGCCACAAGAAUGUCAAUGACUAGAAAUGCUGUUUGGGCUCUGUCUAACUUAUGCCGUGGUAAAAAUCCUCCUCCCAAAUUUGAACAGAUAUCACCUUGUUUGCCAGUUUUAGCACGCCUACUUUUUCACUGUGAUGCUGAUGUCCUUGCUGAUGCCUGUUGGGCUUUAUCCUAUAUUUCAGAUGGUCCGAAUGAUAAAAUUCAAGCUGUGAUCGAUGCUGGUGUUUGCCGUCGUUUGGUGGAAUUGUUAAUGCACAAUAGCCAGAGUGUAGUUUCAGCAGCUCUGAGAGCGGUAGGAAAUAUUGUCACUGGAGAUGAUGUUCAAACUCAAGUAAUUUUGAAUUGUAAUGCAUUACCUUGUCUAUUGCAAUUAUUAUCAUCACCCAAAGAAAAUAUUAGGAAAGAAGCAUGUUGGACGAUAUCAAAUAUUACUGCUGGAAAUAGGCAGCAAAUACAGGCAAUCAUUGAUGCAAACAUUUUCCCUGUUCUAAUUGAAAUCUUGAGUAAAGCAGAGUUUAAAACUAGAAAAGAAGCAGCUUGGGCAAUAGCUAAUGCAACAUCUGGUGGUUCACCUGAACAAGUGAGGUAUUUAGUAGAACAGAAUUGCAUACCUCCAUUAUGUGAGUUACUUACUGUUCUUGAUACCAAAAUCAUUCAAGUUGCUCUUAAUGGACUGGAAAAUAUUCUUAGACUUGGGGAACAGGAUGCAAAGGCUCAAGGCACUGUGAACCCCUAUGCAGUAAUGAUUGAAGGUUGCUAUGGUUUAGAUAAAAUUGAGUAUUUGCAGUCUCAUGAAAAUGUUGAAAUAUAUCAGAAAGCUUUUGAUAUAAUUGAGCACUACUUUGGUUUGGAUGAAGAAGAUGCACAGCUAGCUCCACAAGUUGACCCUGCUAAUCAACAAUUUCAAUUCAGUGCCCCAGAUCAAAACAUGCCCAUGGGAGGCUAUAGUUUCUAAGAAAAAAGGGUAAUUCUUGAACUGCUGUAGCAAAUUCUAAAAGACAUAAACAAAAUAAUUGCUGAACUCAUCUUUACAUGCUCUUCUAGAAAAGUUGGCUAAGUGCAUGUGAGCUGGAAGGUAAUUUAUGCAAUUUUGUUCAGUUAUUUUCCCAUACACUCAAGGUGGAAAAAAAAUAAUAAAAUGCUUUUUUAUUCGGGCUAAAUUAAUUUCAUUUGUAAAGAAUUUAUGAAAUCAAGAAUUGGACAUUGCAAAAGAUUGUUUUUUUCCCUAUCUCUUCAAUGAAAUGUCUGUAUAUAUUUUAUGGUGGCUGCAUUCCGCAAGUAUCCAAUUUAAAAGAGCUGUAUUGUUAUGGAUUCACCUAGCAAAAUAAAAGAAUUGCAAGUACUUUUCUUCCAGUUUAUUUCUUUUAUCUCUCACUAUUGAAAACUACUUAGUUUCUUAACUGUGUGAUAUAAGUUCUGAUUAAAAGGUUGAUUUUAUUUUAAAAAAUGUUUUCUUUAGAUUUUAAAUUUUUGUUUAAUUUUUACAUUUUAAAAACUACAUUCAGUUUUUCACAUUAGCAUGAAUAGAGUUUAGUAAUUUUAACAAUUGAAAAUAUUCUGAAAUUCUUAGAAUUUAUUUAAAAUCAGGAUUUAAAAGAAAAGAAAAAAAAACUUGAAUUAGUUUUAAUUUGACAUGGGAAGCUUAGAUAUUAGAAUUCAGUAGAAAAAAAAAAAGAUUUAUAUUUGAUGCAUAAAAAAAUCAAAUAUUUGUUAAACAAAAAUAUUUGCUUUUAACAGAAUUGCAAGAGCCAUUAACUGCUCUACUUAGAAACUUUGAAAUUCGACAAUCAUUUCGAGUUUCUAGAUAUUGUGGGGAAGCGAGACUAUCAUGUUAAUAAAUAGAAGUGUUUUUGCUGUGUAUACAGCUCUUGAAUAUCAAUUGCAUAAUGUUCAAAUAGUAUUGAUUGAUUUUUUUAAUGUUCAUUUUACUUAUCCAUGUUGCAUUUAAAAUGCUAUGAUUUACUUUUUAAAAAUUGUUUAAAUCACAUGUUUGUUUCAUUGAUAUUGCUUUAUUUUGAAUUAUGUAUUUGUAAGAGUGUUCUUUUUUCAGUCCACUUAUUUUCAUAUUAAUUGUUUGAGUGAUUUUUCUUGGCAUGUCCUUGUCUUUAAUUAACAUAUAUGAUUAUGACUUUAAAAGAAAAAUUGGAAAUUAUAUCUUGAUAUCAAAGAUGAACUUGGUAAUGCUUUAAAAUUUUAGGUUUAUUAAAUAUUUCUUGUAGAGGAAUGGCAUAUUUUAUUUGCUGGUUUAAAUAGGGUCUUAUAGCUACACAUAUCUGAAAUGUUUUCUAAUUCUUAUAAUUUGUAGAGUGUUUUUGAGAAAUAUAAAAUAAGAUAGUUUUUUAAAAAAUAGUUAUCUAAAAUUAAGUAAAAAAUAGUAAUUCAGUAAUUUUAGUUUCAAUUGGUUUUUACAUUUAAAGUAUCUGGUACAAAUAUGUUAUUGUGCAGUUUCUAAAUGGCUAUAUUGUGGAGAUUAGUUUUUCAACUUUUAAGAAAUAUUACUGUAAUAUCUUUUUUCCUCUGCUAAAUAUAGAAACUGUCAUCCUUUUUGAAUAGUAAAUAGAUUUCUUUUGCUUUUUUUAUAUAAUAGAAAUCUUAACAUAUAUAUGAUAUACUUAUGUAUUUGUCUUCAGUUCUCAUUGUAUUGUCCAAAUUUAUAAUUAUGUAAGUGUUAAAAAAUGUUGUUCUAAACUUUGUAGAAGAAAAGUUGUUGUAAUUCAAGUAUUCUGAUUUUUGAGUGAUACCUAACCAACCACAUUAUUAUUAUUAUUAUUAUUAUUUGCUUUUGUUAUUCAUGUAUUAAAAAGAAGGAAAAAAAAAUCUUUUUAUAUAAUGUUUGUGUGCAAAGUGAAGUUUUGUAAGCAAAAAAAUUAUAUUUGAUCAGUGAUUGUAUUGGUUUGCAGUUUCUCUGCUGUAUUCGUGUAGGGUGUGGUUUACUUACCAUGUUUAGUGAUUGAUUACACUUUGAAACACAUACACGCACAGACAACACAACAAAUUACAUGACACAAACAAAUUAACACAACAUUACACAACACAACAGAACUUAAUACUUUUGUAGUGAUGGUGGUGAAAAUGUUGUGUGGCCAAGUGCUUUAAAAUAAUUUGUGUGUGUGUAAUAGUUUAAUAAGUAUUAACAUAAAUAAAUCUCUUAGACUUAUUUGAUAAAAACAUUAUUCAUGGUCUAUAUUCAUAUCUUUUUUAACAUGUUUGAUUAAUAUUUUAUCCAAAAUUUAUUAUUUGUGCAAUUUUAUAGAAUUAUUAACUUUUUACCUGCAGAUUUUUUUCUUAUUAAUUUUUACUUAAUUUCAAAAGAACUUGUAAAUAUUUAACUGUAAAAAAAUGCAUAGAUAUUGUCGAUUGUUGAAUGUUAACCUAUAAUAUGUAGAUCAUUUAUUUCAUAAAUAAUUGGAAAAACUCAGAUAGGAGCAAUUGUUACUAUCAUUCUGCUCGGUAUAAUUGAAAGUGCUAUAAUGGAUACCAAGUUUCAUAUUUAUGCAAUUAAAUUUUGCUUUAUGGUAAAGAUGUAUGUUUCAUAAAUUAAAAUAAAAAAUACUUGGAAAAUAAUUAGUUUGCCUUUAAAACUUGCCUUUUAAAAUCAUUGUUUAAAUAUUUUAAUUUUAUAUUGUUGAAAUAUAUAUUUAUACUUAUUCAAAUCUGUGAAAAUUUAUAAAAAUGGAAGUAAAUGUAUAAUCUUAUAAAUUAUUUGAUUUAAAAAAAAGUAAAAACUAUUUUUGUGAAAUUUUCCAUAUUUAUGAGGAAUUUUUUUACUUAUUUUCAUGAAGUUGGUUUGUUGUUUUUAUAAACGGGCAAGGAAAGGGAGGUGUUAUAAAAUAUUUUUUCAAUAUUUUGUUAUAUCCAUAAUAUUAAAAUUUAAUGCUAUAUAAUUUUUUUUUUUUUUUUUUUUUUUUUUUUUUUUUUUUUACUUAGCAUUGCUCUAAAUGAUUUUUUUGUCUAAUCAGUUAAGGCAAGUACAAAUGAAAUUAAAUAAACAUUCAUUUUACUUAUUUUAUUGGAAGAACUUUAAAAGCUGUUAUUUUUAAUCAUGCCCAGCAUUUUAUUUUAAGUAAAAGUUCUUUAUAAAACAUUAAUGCUGUACUUGUUUAUUAACUGAAAUCCUAAUAUCCAAAGAUUUGAAGUGUUUCUAUUGUAACAAGUUGAAUUCAAUUUUUAACAUCUUUGUUUGUACUAAAACCAUAAGUGUUCUUUUUAUAAGGAGCUGUGAUACACCUUUUCUAAUAAAUGUUUCUUUUUAUGUAAUGUAUAUCCUGUUUGUACCAUUAUGCAGUUUCUUUACUGCAUGAAUACAAUUUCUGAAUAACAUUGUAACAAUUAUCAACUGAUACUGUCUGUUGAACUUUUCCUGACGCAUUGCAUUGUGCCAUGAAGCUUCUACAAUCUAGUCGAAAGCUUGUGCCUUUUUAUUUUUGAAACAAUUUUAACUUCUGGUGACAGAUUCCACUUCUGGUUAACAGUGCUUUUGCAUUCCGAUUCUAAUAAACUAGAGCUUAAAAAAUUGCUAGAUUUUGUUAAGAAAUUUGAAAAUUUUGUUAAAUUUUCUUCUUUAUUUGCUGAACUAUUUUUGUUAUUAAAGUUAAAAUUUGAAAUAUGUAUUGGAUUUAUUUGCUAUAAUUACUAAAUUUCAUCUGUCACCUCUUUAAAUAAUUAUACAAAUUGUGAUUCUAUGUAUUUAAUUUGCUUCUGUUUUUUACUAAAGACAAAAUAUGAGAUAUUUAUCUCUUUCAUAUGGAAAGAAAUUUAUUUGUGUUGUUUCAUUACUAAAUAUACCCAAGAGCUUAAUAAUGUAUAAAUUCUCAACUAUUAAAAUAUGACAGAUUUUUUAAAAAAUGAGAAUUCAUUUAAAUUUGUGGCCUGAGAAAUUACAAUUUAUUUAGUAUUUUUUUUGCUUUCAUUUUUCUUCUGAUAUUUUUUUAAAAGCUAAAUUAUUCAAAUCUUGGGUAAUAAAUUUCCUUUGUUAAUCACAAUUUCUUUAAUAUUUGUUUCUUUAAAUAAUUUUAUAAUAUAGUUUUACUUAGUUAUGGAUAAAAAGCAUUUCAAAAAUUAUGCAGCUUUUCAGUCCAGAAAUUUUGCAUGUAUCGUGAUCUAUAAUUCUGUUUUGAUAUACAUAAUAAUUUUCUUUUAUCCAAAGUUAUGAAUUCUUUAAAAUUCUUUAACAUAUUUUCAUCAAUAGGUGGCUUUAGAUUUCAUUAAUUUGAUUUAAAAAUAUUUUUUAGAAAUUUUUUACAAAUUAUAAAUAAAUCACACACACAAAUUCAGCAUGGCAUAAUCUUUUGAUUUGUAUAAAUUUUUCAAUUCUUUCCUUUGUUUAUUAUAUUGACAUGAUUUUUUUUAUUUGUAAUUUAUAUUAUUAGGAAAAAUGCUUCUAAUUUGAAAGUUAAAAAGGGAUACUUUCUUAACAGUCAUGAAAUAUUUAGAUUAUAAAUUAACUUAAGAUUUAUUUAAAUAUUUAAAGUGUUCUAAAAUAAAUCCAAGAUUUCUAUUUCAAUUGUGUUCACUUGAAGAAUAUUAGAAAAUUACUCCUUUACUUAAAAAAAAAUUGUUGAUCAUUGAGAAUGUGUUUUUUGUUUUUAUCGAAAAAAUUGAUUUUUUCUUGACCUUUAUAUCUUGAUCCAUUUACUAGUUUUUAAUUUUAUAGUGGCAUUUAUUUAUUCAAUUGUUCUGCAUUAUUGAAUUUUGUAACUUUCUUUAAGUAUUCUUGAUGAAUUAGGGAGCCAGUCUAAUUUUUAAUGGGUAAUAAUUUUAAGAAAAGAGCAAAAAGAUAUAGUUUAUAAAUCUCGUGCAACUUUUUUAGAAAGUAUUUUUGGAUGUGAAGUAUAUUUUAGUACCUGAAAAGUCAACAUACAACAUCCUGUAGGAUAAGAAAUAUUUCAAAAUCUAGUCAGUAAUAAUAUAUAAUAAACAUACUCAUUUUUCAAUUUGGGAUAGUAUUUUAGUACUGUGUACUUAUUAUAAUACAUUGCAAAAAUUCUCUGUAUGAUUGGAAUGAUGUCUGAUUUAACUCAAAUCAUUACUUGAGUCUAAUGAUAUAAUUCUGGGGAUUUAAUUUUUAAUUUAGGUAAUUUAUUAGUUGUGGCUAUAGAUAAAAAGAAAAAAAGUUAUUUGAGACAUUGUUAUUUGAAUUAAUUUUAUCCACCUAAUAUUUCGUUUUUAAUUGUUAUUUUUUUACUAUCAAAUGACUAGAUUAAUAAUAUUUUUCAUUCCUGUUGUCUGUAUUUGUUUUCCCUUUUGAGCUUUGUAAAUUUUUCUCUUGUAUAAUAUGUUUUAUGGCUUAGCUGACAAUGAUAAUUUGUGUUCUGUGAAAAUUUGUUUAUAUGCAUACUGAAGCAUAUUUGGUCAGUUGUAUGUUACGAGUUUGAAAGAACUGAUGUGUUAUGAAGCCACCAUAAACAGAAAUACGUCUUUUUCUUAAAGACAAAAUAUGUCUCACGACACAAAUACAAAUAAAACUGUAGCUCUGCCUGAGCUACUAUACUUGUCCACUAGACAUUUGUACAUAAACAUUGUACACAAAAUAUGUACAUAGUCCAACACUGUACACAUGUAUAACACAAACAACAUGUGAAUUGUUUAAGAUUGUAUUUCAAUGAAAUGUUUUGUUCAAUAAAUAAUGUGCUGAAUAUGA